AUGGCGGGCGUUCCGCCAUCUAACGAACAACACCCCGAGCCUAUAGCUCAGCCUACCGUGGCUGAAUACAUGGUUGAAAUGGAACGAUUGAAGCAAGAGAUCGAAGCCUUGCGGGUAGCUAGUUCUUCUGCUCAGCCCGCACAGGCUCCACCUGCGCCUCCUCCACCUCCUGCUGCCCCGACUCCUGUUACUACCGGAAGGUCUAAGACCGGUCUCCCAGACACUGUUGACGGAGAAGCUAUCGGCGACGGGUUUGCGCAGGCUGCCUACAUAUGCAGCCGGCUCAGAGAAGACGCCUUAAAACGCUUCUACCCAUGGCCUCUCCAUACCGCCCGAGAAUUACGAACGCCAAUAGCUGUUAUUGGACAGCUAGACAAGCUUUUCCUCGACCCUGCGCAGUUCCUGCCCUUGUUCGACCAGAAGCUUCUUGAAGCUAACGGCGGAUUCCGGGCCGACGCCGUCAAGAUUAGUUUACUUGGAAAACUCGGUCAACCUGCGUUACCUCGAACGCCUUGUGGGCACAACCCGUCCCGCUGGUUACGUGGAAUUUUGCACCCUGCUGCGCAACAUCGACACGCAGCUCGCCCAUCUCAACGCAAUCCGCUGCUGUUCUUGGAGCGCUACUAUGGGUAUUACAGAGCGCCGGAUUCUAUUGUGUCAGAUUGA